AUGGCGCACCGCAUUUUGACCACGAUCGUUCUCACCGGCUCACGCGUGUUUGGCCGGGCCUUUGUGGAAGCAUAUAAACAGGCUUCUGCAAGCUCCAAAUACGCCGCCGAGAUUAAAAAGGGCAACGUCACCGGCGCCAGUACAUAUGCCUCCAACGGACUUUCCCUCGACGAGGCCUGCAGGAUUCUCAACGUGAAGCCACCGGCAGGUGGCCAAGUGCAAAUGGAGAAUACCAUGGAACGAUUCAAGAAACUCUUCGAUUUGAACAACCCUGAAAAGGGUGGCAGCUUCUACCUUCAAAGCAAAAUUCUUCGAGCCCGCGAACGCAUUGAGAUGGAGGUUCGCGAAGCCGAACGCCACACCAAAACGGACAACGAAUUGAAGGAGGGAUGGAAACCAAAGGUUUACAAGGACCGGUAG